AGCAGAAAGACCCACCUCCAUGCCUGGUGCCGCUGCGCCAAAUUAAAGUUGUCGGUCGCUCGUGACCUCUAGGGAGAUAACUUCGCGGCUAAUGGGGCAUUACAUAUGACAUUUGCAUUUUUCAGGGGACAAAAUUUCUCUCAAUAUACCCUCGGCAGUAAUCGCCAACUGACUGCCCUUGUCAGCUCAAUGCAAGCCUUGGGGCAUUGUGAGCUAUCCAACGAUCAUAUUAAGUGUGCACAUGCGCUCUAUCCCGAUAUGCCGCGCAAGAGACGCUCCUCUUCGACCCCUUCCCCGAAUCUAAGAUGGUUGUGCGCCAGUAUACAGUUAUACCCGCAGAAGUAGAGUACCUUUGGCACCAGGUGCAUUCAUGGGCAGUCCACUACAUACCGGACCCUAGUGACUGUGUUCUUGUACAGUACGCUAUUUUUGCCUCUAUUGCUGAACUCAAAUGGCAAUGGGAGCUGAAAAUGCGGCGUGACGCAACCAAGAAUAUCUCAUAUGAGAAGCCUGAUGAUGAACACCACUCUUUAAACCAGAAGUCGCUCCUUGCUGGGCUAGCAGUGUACCUGGAAUUGGCUAUCACUUGAUUGAAUACGUACCGAACAAUCCACGAGACUUUAGACAAAAGUAGUACUUGAAGAAAGUGGAAAGAACGUCAAAUUUGCAAAGAGAAAUAUCAGAACUCCAUGCUAGUUUCUUUCGCACAGUGACUAGUCUAGAAUCAAUUAGAGGGUACUGUUUGCAACCUAGGUAAAGUUAUUGUCUUUGAACCACUUUCGAUAAGUCAUAGCAACUUCAGCCAUUGUUCUUCACAUAGUGGUGGUUCUCUAGAGAAUUUAAUUGUCAAAUCCAUAUGUGUAAUUAUACGUUGUUUGUUUCAGGGCGUUUCAUACGUUCCUUUCUGAAAGUAUU